AUGGCGCCAACAAGGUUGGCAUCUAAGUCUGUAAAUAUUAGUCAGAAUAUGAACGGCAUCAUGAGCCAUGGCAUCACGACGAGGAGUAAGCAAUUAGCUACUCUGAAAUCUUACAAAGACAGCUUAAAGGCGCCAAACAAGAGAAAAGCUGAUAGCCCUUUAAAAGAUGUUACUGCUAAAAGAGCUGCUUUUGGAGACUUAACAAACGCAUUCAACAAAUCCUCGGGUAACGAAAAAUGCAUGACACUUAAAAAGGUGACUGUGGAAGGGAAAAUACUUCCAGCUGUUAAGACCAUCAAACCACACACAGCAGUCAAUGGCAAAACAUUAAAGGGCAGACAGUUGCAAAAAGUAGCUGCAAAUGCCAUAGAGAGUGUGCAGAAACACUUUGUUAAGGAUCUACCCAAACCUAUUGCCACUCGGGCACAAAAUGGCAUUCUUAAAAAUAUUGUUCGUAAGUCAUUAGACAAGGAAAAUCAGAAUCAAAGUCAGAGCUCUUCAGCUAAAUCUGCUAGAAGUGAUGUUUCAGAGGCUUCACUUUAUACCACGGCUUUGGAGAAUAACAGUAGCACAUACGAAACAAAGGAGGAAUAUAAGGCAAUCAGCGAGAAACUAGACAAAGUAAAUUUGGAUGACUCGGACUGCAGGUCUCUGGAUGAGGAGGUGGACAUCCCACACCGAGUGCCUGCUGGUGUUAUUGACUUUGACAAGGAAAACUGGAAUGACCCCUACCAAGUAUCUUGCUACGCUAUGGACAUCUUCAACUACUUGCAAAGCAGAGAACCUCUCUUCCCCAUCGAUGACUAUCUUACGCGGAUAAAGGGAAUCACAGCGUGGAUGCGAGCCCUACUCGUUGACUGGAUGGUGGAAGUUCAGGAGAGCUUUGAACUGAACCAUGAGACAUUAUACCUCGCCGUUAAACUCGUUGACUUAUUCUUGACUCGCUCGAGUCGGAAAUUGCCAGAAAGGGAACAUUUGAAUAAGGAAGAGCUACAGCUGUUGGGUGCAUCUGCCCUAUUUAUCGCUUCUAAGUUCGACGAACGGAUCCCGCCACUUGUGGACGACUUUCUGUACAUCUGUGACGGAGCCUACACGCUGAAUCAAUUAAUCAAGAUGGAGAUCAAAAUUGUGAAGACGAUCGACUUUGACCUCGGCAUUCCUCUCUCCUACAGGUUCCUGAGAAGAUACGCUCGGUGCGCCCGAGUCUCAAUGCCGACCCUGACCCUGGCUCGGUUCAUCUUGGAGCAAUGCCUAUUGGAAUACAGCUUGGUGUCUCUGUCGGAUAGCAAGAUGGCGGCGGCUGCGCUCUAUGUGGCGCUGCGGAUGAAGAAUGUCUCCCAGUGGACUCCCACGCUGCAGCAUUACACUGGCUACGCCCUCUCAGAGAUUCUUCCGAUCGCUCUCCUCCAAAACGCAGUUCUGCACAAGAAGCCAAAGUCCGCGAUCAGCACAGUACGGAACAAGUACUCGCACUCGAUAUUCUUCGAAGUGGCCAAGUUGCCCUUAGUUGACGAUGCUCUUUUGACCAGCUGA